AUGGUCUCGAACAGCCAGAUUAUGGAUAAUCAGCGACAACAACAAUACAUCCCUGGGCCUCCCCCUCCACCCGGGCAAGGUACUCUCGGCCAUCUCCCACCCCCUCCUCCUCGACCGUAUCUCCAAUCGAAUCUUCCUCCUCCUCCACCGGGACCACAUCCCUCCGCCCUGCCGCUUGGGACCGUCUUUGGACUGCCGGGCGCAGGAUGGCAGCAGCCAUGGGGAAGAUCGGGAUUAGGUCAGAACAUACCGCCUCCUCCGCCAUUAAACCACACCCAGCCUCAAGGGCAACACCUGUCCUAUGGUAUGCGACAGCUGAAUAUUCCGCCGCCGCCUCCGCAGAACGACAAACCCAUCUUGUCCGCUACAUUUAUUCCAACUGGGGACUCGUUUGGGCCCGGCGUCGGCAUUCCACCGCUUGAUGAUUACUCUUCAUAUUCUCGAUAUGAUGCUCAGUUCACUUCCGAGCCUUCAUUGUCUCACUCCGAUCAGAAGUAUUCAGACCCCACCACUACUUCUCACAGCUACUCGUAUCCUAAUCCUGUGCAUCCAAAUCCGGAUAUCGCCAAUAGGGAAAGCCGGGCUGCCUCUGCCUCUUCUAAUAGGGCCGCUUUCACCCUGCCUCUGCGCGACAUCAACGAACCAAUCUCCCCGGGACCCCCGACCGCAACCUUGGUCAAUCCGCAAACAAGCAUUGACCAAGGUCGGCAGCGAGCGCACAGUGCGGCCGUCGGUGGAAGCAACUCCAGCGAACUAUCUUCGCAAUGGCCCUUGGACCGUGUCCUUGCCUGGCUGGCUGCGAAUGGGUUCUCAGGUGAUUGGCAGGAGACCUUCAGACUCCUGAACUUGCAGGGUUCCGAGUUUCUCGAUCUGGGUCGAGGACCGAAUGGCCGUGGAAAUUUGGGCAUGAUGCAUCAAACGAUUUAUCCGCAGCUCGCAAAGGUCUGCUCGAGCGGCAAUACCGGUUGGGAUCAGGCCCGUGAACGAGAGGAAGGCAAGAGGUUGCGCAAGCUGAUUUCCCGCCUGGUCGAACAGGGAGGCGAGGGUCCAGCUAGUGCAGGUAUUGGCCAUCGGAGGCGAGAGUCUGGUAUGAUUCCAAGUGCUUCCACCGAAGGGAAUUUGGAAACUUCGCCUCAUCUUCCCCGAUCCGAGUUUUGCAGCGCGCCUGGCACAGCUGGCCCAGAAGGGAGUCCCGGCAAGCAGAUGCCUCCACAGUUUCCGAGCGGGUUGGGUCCUCGAAAUUCCCAAGGUCGAAGCAGCACCAUGCCCGUGCUCAGCAAACACAGCAGCACUUCUUCCACUCCAAGCGACUCUAAACCACCAGAAAAUUUUCCAGGCCUCGGCCGUACAGAUUACACAAGAGGCGUGCUGACCAGCAUGAACAAUCGGGGUCGACAUAGCCCUAAUCUGUCCGGUGAUGGCUCGACGGGCUUGUUUCCUAAAACCUUCGAGGCCUCCCCCAGUGCCAGCCCUGGUCUUGGAAGUGCAGUCCCCGUAUCGGCUACAAGUACCUCUUCUCAAGGACUGCGACCGGACCACAGCAAGAGCAACAGCACCGAUUCUAUGCUCAAGGCAAUAGGCCAUUCCCGCUCAAAUGUCAACGUUCAGGGGCCUUACGAGAGGAGUAACACAUCAUCUGGAGGCUCAGAACGCUUCUAUGCAGAUAGGCGCGACGCGCAGGAGAUGACCAGGCCUUCGCCGCUAGAAGCCCAUAGGACUUGGAGUAACGACUAUGCCCCAGGUCCCGGAGGAAAGGAUCACAGCAAGGGUUUUCUCAGCAAGUUCAUGAGAAAGAGGCAUGAGCAUAAUCAGCCUCAAUCAGAUGAACAUCCUCUGGAAUCACCGACAAGUCCUGGGCCAUUGAAGCUAUUUACGAGGCCGAGCGCGAAUGGUAGCGACUCAGUGCUGCUUCCGCGCCCUGCAUCCGUGACGAGCGAAGAUGAGAGGGCGCUGGUUGCCGGGCGCCGAGGCCCCAAUGCUUCGAGAAGGUACCUUUUUGUGACGCCAGACUGUUGGAAUUACCGGCUUGUGGAUGUCACAGACGUGGAAACCGCCAUCGCCCUUCGUAGUCUCAUUUGUAUCGAGCUUGGGAUACCAGACGCCGAAUAUGCCCAGAUCUUUGUGACCGAGCCAGGUCAAACAGAGCAUGAAAGUGCUCUCUCGGACAAUUUGCUCGUCGCAAUUCGAAACCGGACAGAUAAUCUGGGCAGCUUUAAGCUGUUUGUCCAGAGCCCUACACUCUCUGCAGUAUCCGGCUCUGCCUCCCAGUCUACUGGUCUCGGGGUUUCUUUUGGACAAAAAGCUCAAGCCGAAAGGGCUCCGCCCAUGGUCAAAUCGAACUCCUCUGGUGGCAUCAGUCGGAAUGGUUAUACAUCUCCAGGACCCGAAGUUGUCGCUGACCCUACUCUUAUGCAAAAGCAGGCCGAAGAGUAUCGACGGCAAACAGAGGCUAAACAACGUGCCUACUUGGAAUCCCGCCGAGCUCAAAAAGAAUCGACCUCGACAUACAGUGGUGGUGGCAUUCGAGGAAGCACGGUCAUAGACUUCGACAGUCCCCGCCACUCACCCUUUGAAGAGAAGAAGGUCGAAAAUCUUGUCCCAGUUCGGCGGCCGCCAACAGCACCUGCAGAAUCUACCACUUUGACCAAGGUCAAUUCUCUUCGAGCCAAAGGGUCCAGCAAUCGAUCUUCCCUCGAUGCAUUAAAGAGAAUUUCGGAUCCAAUUGCCGAAGAAGACGCAGAGCGUGCAAAGAAGAAGUCUGCUGCUUUUGCGGCCAUUGCUUCGGGCGGCAUCGGUGCGGCAUUAGCCAAUGUUGGCAAGAUGGCUGGCGCUCCCGCCACUGUGGGUAGCCAAGGGCUCCAACAAGACAGAAGGGGUACUGAAUACAGUCGGAGUACUUCAGGUGGGUCCUUUCGUCCCGACUUUACUCGGGGCAAAGGUGAUAUGCUGUUCAAGGUUCCUAACUAUGAAGAAGGUUUUGCCGAUAUGAACCAAGAGACUCGGGCACGGAAUGCGGUGUUGGAAAAUGCCCGGCGCUUUGGCGCUUCUCCAGCGGUCAGUCCUUCGACCGAGACCGCACCACGACCGUUCUUGCAAACACGAAAGUCAUAUGGGCCCGAUCUAGAAUUUAAGGAGACGAAUGUUUCUUUUGCUCCUUCACCUCAUCCCAUGAAGGAUGAUUCGGACGACGACUCAGACGAUGGUCUCUUUGCUAUCCCCCUGGCAAACAAAUCCCUAUCCAAAGAUGAUCAUCCGUCUCGCAGCAAGGAUCAGAGACCAACAUUGACGGUUGAUACGGACCAAAAUAUCAGCAAGAAUGUGCGGUUCAAAUCACCAAGUUCGUCCAGUGGCAUACAAAACACAGGGGAGGAAAGCGCCACAGCUAGUGGAGAAGGCUAUGACCGCAGUCUUUCCGACGGCAGUUUCAGUGGUUCUGCUCAGUCUCCAGAUGACCGAAUGAGUAGGAGAGAUUCCUUCAUCAGCGAUAUCUGGGCGAAUCGCCCGGCUGUGGAAAACGUGGUUCACCAUCUCGAUGAAUUCUUCCCCGGCGUCGAUCUCGACAAGCCGUACCUGGAAGAGAAAGGCGAUAACAACUCGCCCAUGAGGACGACUGAACAAGAUCCUCUUGAAGCUCUCCAAGGACCCUCCAACGGCCUGACUUUUGGUACCACUGGGCUCGAUCUCGAUUUCAGUCGCAAGAGUGACUCGGACACCUUAGGCUCUGACGAAUCCACUUUAAAGGCGAAGGAUCGUGAUAAGGUUGCCAGUGUUGCGCAGAGGCAAGUCGGUAAAGCGACAGGGGGCAUUUCUCGGAUGAAAUCUAUCCGUGAAGUUGCUCAAAAGCGAAACGACAUCAAGCGAGGACCUUCUAUUGCUGCUCGCGUCGAGCAGAGUAACGCAAGCAGCAUCGUUCGCCGGAAAUCGACGAAGAUGUUUGGCGCUCAUAUCGUUCAGAUCAGACCAAAGCCAGGGAGUCGAUUGUCUACUCUAGAUCCUAUCCCUCAAGAGGACGUUCCCACGGACGACACACCAAAGCGGCAGGCAACUUUCAAGAUCAUUCGCGGUCAACUCAUCGGCAAGGGUACCUAUGGACGCGUGUACCUUGGUAUGAACGCGACAACCGGUGAGUUUCUGGCUGUCAAACAGGUGGAAGUCAAUCAGAAAGCUGCAGGUCAAGACAAAGAUCGUAUCAAGGAAAUGGUUGCUGCUCUGGACCAAGAGAUCGACACUAUGCAGCAUCUCGAACAUCCAAACAUUGUGCAGUACCUUGGUUGUGAACGCAAGGAGUUCUCCAUCAGUAUCUAUCUCGAGUAUAUUCCUGGUGGCUCGAUUGGCAGUUGUCUCCGCAAGCAUGGAAAGUUUGAGGAGUCCGUGGUCCGAUCGCUUACUCGACAAACCCUUGAAGGCCUGGCAUACCUUCACCAAGAAGGCAUUCUGCACCGAGAUCUGAAAGCUGACAACAUCCUCCUCGACCUUGAUGGCACAUGCAAGAUCUCGGAUUUUGGUAUCUCGAAGAAAUCAGACAACAUCUACGGCAACGAUGUCACCAACAGUAUGCAGGGCUCGGUAUUCUGGAUGGCGCCUGAAGUUGUCAGAUCACAUGGGCAGGGAUAUAGUGCCAAAGUCGAUAUCUGGUCGCUUGGUUGUGUGGUUCUGGAAAUGUUUGCCGGAAAGCGACCGUGGAGUCGAGAAGAAGCUAUCGGCGCCAUCUUCAAGCUGGGAAGCCUCAGCCAAGCGCCGCCUAUCCCCGAAGAUGUUCAGUCGACAGCUACAGUUGACGGUCUGAACUUCAUGUAUGAUUGUUUCCAAGUCAACCCAACUGACCGACCAACGGCCGACACCCUACUUCGACAUUCAACAUUCUGUAUCCCUGACCCAUACUACAAUUUCUACGACACAACAUUGGCUGCGAAGCUAAGGAACGUUGACGGUGCCGGUCUUGGUGGUUGA